AUGCUGUCAGCGCGUCAGUUUCUCUGGCUCCCCUCUGCCAGUCCCAAGCGCGUCUCUUAUCAAAGAAACACACCAACUGCAUCGAAUCAUAUCAUUAUCAUGGGGACUGUUUGUUUUUCAUGGCACUUUUGUUUGUUUUUCGCUCUCUUAUAUACUGGCAGGUUUGCGGGAGGCAAUGGGGUCCCAGAUGCUGAUGAAUGUGCCGAAGGGACAGACGACUGCCACAUUGAUGCAAUAUGUCAAAAUACACCUAAAUCCUACAAAUGCAUCUGUAAACCGGGUUAUAAAGGAGAAGGGAAACAAUGUGAAGACAUUGACGAGUGUGAAAAUGACUUCUACAAUGGGGGUUGUGUCCAUGAGUGCAUCAACAUUCCGGGCAACUACAGGUGCACGUGCUAUGAUGGAUUCAUGUUGGCCCAUGACGGUCACAACUGUCUUGACGUUGAUGAGUGUCUGGAUAACAAUGGAGGAUGCCAACAGAUUUGUGUGAACACAAUGGGCAGCUAUGAGUGUCAAUGCAAGGAGGGUUUUUUCCUGAGUGAUAACCAGCACACCUGUAUUCACCGCUCCAAUGAGGGUAUGAACUGUAUGAACAAAGAUCACGGGUGUGCACAUAUCUGCCGGGAGACGCCCAAAGGUGGGGUUGCCUGUGAAUGUAGGCCUGGCUUUGAGCUUGCCAAAAACCAGAAGGACUGCAAAUUAACCUGUAACUAUGGAAAUGGAGGCUGCCAACACACCUGUGAUGACACAGAUACUGGUCCUGUGUGUGGUUGUCAUCAGAAGUAUGCCCUGCACUCAGAUGGCCGAACAUGCAUUGAGAAGGAUGAGGCUGCAAUUGAGAGUUCUGAGUACAAUGCCACGUCAGUAGCUGAUGUGGACAAGAGGGUGAAACGGCGGCUACUUAUGGAAACAUGUGCUGUCAAUAAUGGAGGCUGUGAUCGUACUUGCAAGGAUACGGCGACAGGGGUACGUUGCAGUUGCCCAGUUGGAUUUACCCUGCAGCCUGAUGGGAAAACAUGCAAAGACAUUGAUGAGUGCUUGGUAAACAAUGGUGGCUGUGACCAUUUCUGCCGAAACACUGUUGGUAGCUUUGAAUGCAGCUGCCAGAAGGGCUAUAAACUACUAACAGAUGAACGAACCUGCCAAGAUAUAGAUGAGUGCUCAUUCGAAAGGACUUGUGACCAUACCUGCAUCAACUACCCAGGAAGUUUCGAAUGUCUCUGUCACAAAGGCUACACCUUGUACGGCAUGACACACUGUGGAGAUGUUGAUGAAUGUAGCAUCAACAACGGUAGCUGCGACUAUGGGUGCAUUAAUACAAUGGGGAGCUAUGAAUGCGUCUGUCCACCUGGAAAGAAGCUACACUGGAAUAAAAAGGACUGUGUUGAGAUGGUGAAAUGCCUCCCAAAUGCCAAACCAGCUCCUAAAGCGCAACUUGUCUGUAGUAAAUCAGGAGGACUAGAGAGCUGCUUUUUGUCAUGCCCUUCCAAUACCCUGUUUGUUCCAGAUUCAGAGAAUAGUUACACACUGAGCUGUGGAGUUCCAGUCCAGCAAGGCAAAGCCCAACAGAAACGCAACACAACACUUCCCAGUUGUGCAGAUUCAUUAGCCCCACCGAUCAAGCAGAAAGCUCGCUUUAAAAUUAAAGAUGCAAAGUGCCAUUUACGGCCUCGCAGCAAAGAAAAGAUUAAAGACGUUGGGAAGCAAGCUAUUAUAGGAGGUCAAUUCCCUUGUACAGACAACUGCCAGGUGACCUUUGUGAACCUCAAGUGUGAUUCCUCCAAGAAAAAACGUCGGGGCCGCAAGUCACCAUCGAAAGAAGUGUCCCAUAUCACUGCCGAAUUCGAAGUGGAGAUGAAGUCUGAGGAAGUCUCAGACACCUGUAACCUUGACUGUGUGCGGAAAAGGAUGGAGCAGAAGCUGCAAACUGCAAUCAAAACAUUGAGAAAAUCUAUUAACAAACAGCAAUUUUACAUUCAGUUUUCUGGGACAGAGUACGAAGUGGCUCAUAAGCCAGCUAAGGCUACUGAAGGACAUGAAGCAUGCAGUACAGGGCAAGUGCUGCAGGAUGGAAAAUGUGUUACCUGCAGCAUGGGAACCUAUUAUAGUGGAGAACAUAAUCAGUGCCUUCCUUGCUCACCGGGAACAUACCAAGACACAGAAGGUCAACUUACUUGUGAACCUUGCCCAAGUAACGACGGACAGGGAAUAGCAGGCGCGCGUAAUGUGUCAGAAUGUGGAGGGCAGUGUUCUCCUGGGUAUUUUUCUUCAGACGGCUUUAAACCUUGUAGAGUGUGCUCUCUUGGUACGUAUCAACCUGAGCCAGGCAGGACCCUUUGUUUUCCAUGUGGCGGUGGACUGGUGACAAAAUAUGAAGGUGCUGUUUCAUUUCAGGACUGUGAAACAAAAGUUCAUUGUUCUCCUGGCCACUACUACAAUUCCACAACACACAGAUGUAUCAGAUGUCCUGUUGGAACCUACCAGCCUGAAUUUGGUCAAAAUUACUGCAUUAGCUGCCCUGGGAAUACAAGUACAGAUUUUGAUGGCUCUACUAAUGUUACACACUGUAAAAACCAGCACUGUGGAGGGGAACUUGGAGAUUAUACAGGCUAUAUCGAGUCUCCCAAUUAUCCUGGUGACUACCCAGCUAAUGUUGAAUGCAUUUGGAAUAUAAAUCCACCCCCGAAGAGGCGAAUACUCAUUGUGGUUCCUGAGAUAUUUCUUCCAAUUGAAGAUGAGUGCGGUGAUGUUUUAGUAAUGAGAAAAAGUGCCUCCCCUACGUCAAUUACCACAUAUGAAACAUGUCAGACUUAUGAGAGACCAAUAGCAUUUACCUCCAGAUCACGAAAGCUAUGGAUUCAGUUCAAAUCAAAUGAGGGAAACAGUGGCAAAGGAUUUCAAGUCCCAUAUGUGACAUAUGAUGAGGAUUACCAACAGCUGAUAGAAGACAUUGUUCGAGAUGGACGAUUAUAUGCAUCAGAAAAUCAUCAAGAAAUUCUAAAAGACAAGAAAUUGAUCAAAGCUCUCUUUGAUGUAUUGGCACAUCCUCAAAACUAUUUCAAGUACACAGCACAAGAGUCAAAGGAGAUGUUCCCACGAUCAUUUAUAAAGCUACUGCGAUCAAAAGUUUCCAGAUUUCUACGACCAUACAAAUAGCUUCCUAGUGAUAUUCAAUUUGGGGUUAUUUUGCAUUCCUGUCAAAUAUUGUAUUUUACUCCACAGUAGAAACAUUUGCUAAUUGGAAGGCUAUUUUUUUGCAGUCUUUAUUUUCAAUUAUAUAUUGAAGAAUAAGUAUAAUGUUUUAUAAUUGUUAAAAGCCAAUAUUCUGAAUGGGAUUUUUACUUCAAAGAAGAUACUUGUGGAUCCUUGAGUGCAUCCAAUUGAAGAUCCAAAUUUGUGUCUGCACUAGUGUGUCUUCAUGUUUCAUUUGAAAAUGUUUGUUUUAAAAAAUAUAUUUUCUAAGCCUUUUUAUUUUCUAGCGAAAAUAGUUUUCUUCUAAGCAAAGAAGAAACCUAUUCAAACUGGUUAAACAAACUACCUGUUUUGUGAUAGAAAGGAGUAUGUAGCAUAAAUACUAUUUGGAUUUUGAAUUGCACUUGAACUUUAUAUUUGAAAUUUUAGAAGAAAACAAAAAAAAUCUAAAUUUUGUUAUUUCCCAUUUGUGGUUUUGUGGAGACUUUGUUCUAGUAUAAACCAAAAAAAGGAAGAAAAAAAAAGAAAAAAAAGGAAAUGGAUGUAUAAUUUUGUUUUAUGGAUUAUACAAGAUUGAAUCCCAUGCCCUCUCUGUUUUAUCUGCCCUAUUAUAGCCUUCUUCAAAGGUCUACCACUACCUGUCCUGCUGCGGAUACAGUCAUGGAAUUUUGUAUGCCAUUGGGUCUCUUUGAAGACUUUUACAAUAGGGUGGAUGAGAAACAAAGAAAAAAAAGUAGUAGUCCGUUUUUCUUUUCCUUAUUAGAGCAUCUAAUUAAGUACAAUAUAUAAAUAUAUAAAUAUAUACUUCUAUUUGUGGGUACAUUAGUAAUAUUAUCUUUAGUUACUGUAAAUAUUACUCAGACUUAAAUCUCUACUCCCACGCACAGUAUUUACUCGUAUCUAUUUGUGACUUCACUUAGAUGAUUAAAUAACUUCUCCGAGUGCUUGUAACUUCUGUUUAUCCCAAACUGAAGUAUCUUUGAAUUUUAUGAUACAAGAAAAGAAUAACUUUCACUUAGACAGUCUUGUCAAGCAUAAAUUAUUCGGUGGAAGGAUGAGAGAUUUUAGUUAAUGUAAAAUUCAUUAUUUUGCUAACUACUUUACAAUAUCUCAUUCAGCAAAUAGUCCUAUUCUUCCUCCUUAUUCAGGUACUCCUUAUGUCAAAAUCAAUGGGAGUUACUCCUGAGAAAGGGGCAAUGAAUAGGACUUCAGGAGAGAUUAACUUUUACAUUAGAUUUGUCAUCACCAAAUCAUUACAGAAAUAUACCUCUUGUAUAAGCCAAAUUUCUAAAGGGGAAAAAACAGAAAUAAUUUUUGCAAUCAUUUUAAAUAUUUUUAAAUUAAUUAAAUAUACACUAGUAGCCUGAUCCUGCAUUCCUUGGGCACCCAAAACUCCCACUUACUUCAGUAGCAGAUUCACACCUAAAACAUCCAUUAGCUUCACAGGAACAUAAGAAAUUUCCAUAGUAGGUCAGAUUAGCGGCCAUCUUCUGGCAGUAGCAAGUACUAGAUGCAUACGAAGAAGGUGCAAGAAUCCUGUAAUCCCCAUCAGUUUACUGACAUAACAGUGGAUUUCAAUGAGAGAUUGUAUAUUUUUGUUAGCACCACAGCCACUUCAUUUUUCAGUUCCUUCAGAACUCUUGGAUGUGUACCGCCUGGGGAUUUGUUUAAUCUACUAGGGAAGUUCACCACCUUCCCCUUCGUCCCUCCUCUUUAUUAUCUAAGGAGAGUAGGUGUCACCCCAAUAUCUCUUGUGGUGAAGACUGUGGCAAAUAAAUCAUUUAACUUUGCUUCUCUGCUGCUCCCUUAUCUCUCUGAUAAUCCAAGAGACCUAUGAAUUCUCUCAAAGACUUUGUGCUUCUGAUAUAUACUUUAGAGAUGUUUUACACUAAUUUAUAUGCAUAUGUUUUUAUGUCUGGCUAAUCACUCUUCAAACUCCCAUUUGGCUUUCUUAAUUUCCCAUUUACGUUUUACUGGCAAUAGUUUCCGUUCCUUUCUCCUGGCUACAGUUGAGCUGGAUUGCCAUUUCCUGAACGAUACCUGUUUGGUUUGAAUCCCUUUUUUUAAUCUGGCCAUUUAGCCUUCUGGGGGAGAGGGAAGUUGCCUUUUUUCCUGUUUGUUCUGUUAUAGUGUGCUGAAAUGUCACCAGGCUGAUUUUAAGCUCUUCAUUUUUGAUUGAAGGGCCUUUUUGAGUUGCUUCCUCUUUUUUAAGGAAAAUUCUCCUUUCAGAAUUGAAUGUCAUUGUGCUCGCUUUUAUAAGAUCUCUUCCUCAAGGAUGAUAAACUUAGGCUGGGUCUACAUUACCCGCCUGAAUCGGCGGGUAGAAAUCGACCUCUCGGGGAUCGAUUUAUCGCGUUCCGUCGGGACGCGACAAUCGAUCCCCGAAUCGACGCUCUUACUCCACCAGUGGAGGUGGGAGUAAGCACCAUCGACGGGAAGCCGCAGAGGUUGAUUUUGCCGCCGUCCUCACAGCGGGGUAAGUCGGCUGCGAUACGUCGAAUUCAGCUACGCUAUUCACAUAGCUGAAUUUGCGUAUCUUAAAUCGACCGCCCCCGUAGUGUAGAUGUGGCCUUAAUUUUUUAACUGAUCACUAUUGCCUAGUAGGAGUCCAAGGAUGGGUGUCCCGAGGGAUGUAUGAUCAGUGCUCGUCCUAGUGCGUUUGUAGAAUGGAAAAACCAUUUGCUAAAUGUAGGGAGGCAGGGGCUAGUAGAAAUGCUAAUAAUUAUACAUAGUUUGUACAAUAAAGUGCAGUGGAUAAUAUGAGAAUCUAUAUAGAUGAUCACAAAUAUGCAUGUAUAAAUCUGAAAGCUCAAAGACAACUACAAAGAAACAUAGUAUUUCAGAGUGAUGUGAACAUUGCAAAGGUGUCCGAGAGGUUAUCCAAAAUGGUUGAACUGGUCAUGAUUACUGUAAUGCAAUUUAAAGAUAUUGGAAAACUGACUGAAAUUCUCAGAAGAAGACAUAUAAUUUAAAGAAAUGAAAUAACACCAUGAUUUCCUGAAGGCUGCACAUUGUUCUCUGAACUUUCAAACUGCAUUUCUCAGUCUAAGGAAAUAAGUCUGGGUCUAAUGCUGAGCAGUACUGAAUGUCUCAUGCAGACUAUGCGGCACCUAAAACUCCCAUUCAGCAACUCGCAGGAUUGGUCCCAACAUCACUGUAAAAUAUUACUGGCCUGCAGGGCAAAUGAUCUUUUUUGCAACACAGCGCAAGGUAAUUUCCCUUGCAGGUCAGGAAUCCCUUGUAGUGCAGUAACACUUUUAGGGCUUUCAAUUACACUGGUAUGAAGCCAGGACAAGGGCGUGUCUACACUAUGGAAUUGCCCUGAUCACGGCCAUUGGCGACCAGCCAACAGUAUAGCUGCACUAGUGGAAACCACUAGCGGAAGCAAGCUAAACUAUGAUUUGCACUGGUGCAGUUUACCCCCGCUUAAAAUGGCUAUGCUACACUGGUGCUUAUUGCAGUUUAACUUGUCUACAGUAUAGGUUUGUACUGAUGCACCUACUCUGGUGUCUGGCCAUUAACCGCUGCAAUCCCCAGUAUAGACCAGGACUAACUCUGAGGAUGCCCUCCGUUCAGGGCCGGCUCCAGGCACUAGCCUAGCAAGCAGGUGCCUGGGGCAGCCGAUGAAGAGAGAGGCGGCACGUCCGGCUGUUUGGCGGCGGGGCAAUCACUCCCUCUCGGAGCGAAGGACCUGCUGCCGAAUUGCCACCGUAGGAUGAAGUGGUGGUAGAGCUGCCGCCGCUUGCAAUCGCAGCUUUUUUUUUUUUUUUUU